AACAACUCGACAACAAUUUUGUGUGUUAUUGUAGAACAUCACAAUUAUCUUUGAAUAUCAAAUAUACAAUCACUCUCUCCCCCAUUUCCCUGUACCCUAGAAAAAUGUUCGGAUAUGAUCAAAAGUUUCUCGAUUACUCUGUCCUUGAAACCUUCAACAAAUUAGAUCAACACGGUAAAAUUAUGGCUGAAUACGUGUGGAUUGGAGCAGUUGAUCCUAUGGGUGACGUAAGAUCCAAAACGAGGACAUUAGACUUUAUUCCAACCAAGCCAGAACAAUUGCCAGAGUGGAACUAUGAUGGUUCAAGUACUAACCAAGCUUCAGGCCACGACAGUGAAGUCAUCAUUAAACCAAGAGCUAUCUUUAAGGAUCCGUUCAGAGGUGGUGACAAUAUUCUCGUAAUGUGUGACACCUAUAGACCAAACGGUGAACCUCUUGCAACCAAUACUCGUGCUCCUGCUGUUGAAAUUUUCAACAAGGACCUUUCUGCCAAGCCAUGGUACGGUUUUGAACAAGAAUAUACUCUCUACAGUUGUGAUAUGCAUCCAUUAGGUUGGCCAAAGGGAGGUUAUCCUGGUCCACAAGGUCCAUACUACUGUGGUGCUGGUGCUGAAAAGGCAUUUGGUAGAGCCAUUGUUGAAGCCCACUACAAGUGUUGCCUCUAUGCAGGUGUAAAUAUUUCUGGUAUCAAUGCUGAAGUAAUGCCAGGUCAAUGGGAAUUCCAAGUUGGUCCUUGUGAAGGUAUUUCGGGUGGUGACCAUUUGUGGAUGGCAAGAUACAUUUUGUCUAGAUUAACUGAAUAUUUCCGUGUCAUUGUCUCAUUCCAUCCAAAGCCAAUGCAAAACUGGAACGGUGCUGGUAUGCAUACCAAUUAUUCAACUGAAGUCAUGAGAAAUGAAGGAGGAUAUGAAGCUAUUUUGGAUGCUAUCAAGAAAUUGGAAGCUAAACAUAAGGAACACGUUGAACAUUAUGGAGCUGAUAACCAUUUGAGAUUAACAGGAAAAUUUGAAACAUCCUCCAUGGAAAGAUUUUCAUAUGGUGUUGCUGAUAGAGGAGCCUCUGUUAGAAUUCCUAGAUCAACUGAAGCUGAAAAGAAGGGCUAUUUUGAAGAUAGAAGACCUGCUUCUAACGCUGACCCAUACCUUGUUUCUUCGCUCAUCUUUAAGACAACUUGCCUCGAAUAAUUAUAAUAGUAAUUUCGGAUUAGUUUUUAUAAUAUAGUAUUCAACAAUUUCAUUUCAAUUUUCUGUAUAUACAACCUCAUUGUAUAACACAACAUUACCCAUUGUGUGGGGAGCAUAUCGAACGAUUCGAUAUCAAGAACUCUUGUGUCAAUAAAAAAUAUUUAAUUAAU